AGCGAGCGCACCAAUGGGUAAAUUGAGGUUGCUAAAGUCAGUUUGGCAACCUUUUCCAUAACGCAGCAAACGCACCGAGCGUUGCUAUUUUGGUUUGGUAAGAGCAAGCGCACCUAGCAGUUGCCAUUCACGCUGUUGAUAUCACAACUUUUGCUGUUGUCUUCCAUAGAAAGCGAUUUUCGUACCUAUCGUUGAUGUUGGAGUUUACCUACACAAAUGUGACACAAACAAAGCAACAUUUGAUCCUAUAGCAACGGAUCAGUGUAGGUUUAAAAACAAGCUUUAGCAACCUAAAUUAAGACACUGGUGCGCUUGCUCUUUAUGUAACAACCCUCACUUCGGGUAGCAACGAGUUCAUAAUAGUAACGCAGUAGCAACGAGCCGAAGCGUUGCUAUUUGAUCAAAUGUCAAAGUAUUGUUUUUUAAUGUACGUUUGAAAGUGAAUUUUUGUGAUAAUAUCGUGAAAAUAAUGACUGCUUCGAAACGCGGACAUAAUUGGUCGGUUCCGGAAGACGAAGCGCUUUGCCUCGCUUGGUUAAAUACGUCGCAGGACUCUAGUGUAAGCGCAAAUGAGCGAGGGCAUUCGCUGUACGACAGGAUUCACGAGAGCUUUCUCGAAAUAUGUGCGGAAAAAAAACUGCUAAGAAACCCAGCGCUACGGGCUGCCACCGGAAUCAAGGCCAGGUGGCACACAAUUAGUAAAAAUGUGAGCAAGUUUACUGAGUGCCUGGCCCAAAUCCGAAACCGGCAUCAUAGGAGCAUUUCCCCGGAAGAUGCCAUAAAGCAGGCAGUUGCAUUGUUUGCCACUACGGAGAAAGCACCAUUUACUCUGAUGCACUGCCACAUUUUGCUGCAGAAUGAACCGAAAUGGAAGCAAUAUCACACCGUCAAGGGACUGAAUCAAAAACGAGCUGCUACCGAAUUUGUAGAUACGACCCGAGACAGUAGCGAAUCAGACGAUGCAGGUUCAGCUUCCGGUUCCGGUCGUCCGAUCGGACAGAGAGCUGCCAAAGCUCGGAAGCUUGUCACGAGAUUCGAGAAACACACUGAUUUGCAAAUGACCAUAGCUGCGCAGGAAAGGGCUGCUUAUAUGAAACAGAAAGUCCGAGCCCUUACAAGAAUGGCCAACCAUGCCAUCAUGUCGAUGAACCUGGAAGGCUUGAACGAAACUGCUAGGGAGUAUUACCUACUGGAACAGCAGAGGAUUCUCAACGAAACCAGGAAACAAGCGAAGCGAAAUUAAAAGAAAUGAAAAUCUAUAUAACUCUUUAGAAAAAAGAAAUAAAAAACCAAAACUUGAAGGUAAAAAACUAAAUCGGAAUAUGUAAUAAAAUUUGUUUAAUUAUUAUUAUUAGUAAUGAUGAUUAAACAAAAUUGAUAUAUGUUUGCCGAAAAUUUUGAAAAAGCAACUCUAAUCAGAAUGUUUGUAAUAUCGAAUAGAGAUGAUUAAUUGAUUAAGUGAAGACAAUUUUUUUGUGUUCAAUCGUAUGCGAGUGAAACUUUGCUCGCAUGCUUUACAUUAAGCGUAAAUCAAUAUUUUUUUUGCCGGAAAUAUAUGUCGGACUUCAUUGCUAAGAAAGUUGUAAUUGAACAUGUUAUAGAGGUUAAAUAUCGUCUUUUCGUUAAACCUUUAUCCCCCUGAUUGGUCUUCCCUGGUAAUAUGUCUACCAAACCCUCCCACCCCGCGGCCCUUCUAAUAAGCCACGUGAUAUAGGAGCGGCCCCUAAGGACCAUUGCACUGACUCUAAUGAAAAAGAAAUCUAAUGAAUAUUCAGGGUUUAAA